AUGGGCUUGCUCUCUCAAGGGUCGCCGCUGAACUGGGCAGAGACCAAGAAGUAUGCAGACCACGUCAGGAAACACGGCAUCCUGCAGUUCCUCAACAUCUACAACAAAGUGAAGGACCGGCAGAAGGACGUGCUGAAAUGGGGCGAUGAGGUGGAGUACAUGCUGGUGGAACUGGAUGACAAGCAUGAAAAAGUGCACCUGGUUCUGAAUGGAAAAGAGGUUUUGGAGACGCUUCAGGAAAAAGGUGAAAAGAUCAACCCCAACCAUCCGACACUGUGGAGGCCAGAGUAUGGAAGCUACAUGAUUGAGGGCACUCCAGGCCAGCCCUACGGGGGGACAAUGUCCGAGUUUAACACGGUGGAGGACAACAUGGGCAAGCGGAGGAGGGAGGCCUCCUCAGUACUUAAUGAGAACGAAACACUCUGCACCAUUACGUCAUUCCCCAGAUUGGGCUGCCCAGGCUUCACGAAGCCGGAAUUCAAGCCGACUCCUGUUGAAAAAGGAGUGUCCAAGUCCCUCUUCUUCCCUGACGAGGCCAUCAACAGGCACCCCCGUUUCAGCACUUUGACGAGAAAUAUUCGUCACAGAAGGGGAGAAAAGGUGGCAAUCAAUGUACCAAUCUUUAAAGACAAGAACACUCCGUCUCCGUUUGUGGAGGUGUUUCCUGAAGACGAUGGAGAGGCGGCACGUGCGGCUCUCCCUGACCACAUCUACAUGGACGCCAUGGGCUUUGGAAUGGGCAACUGUUGUCUGCAGGUCACAUUCCAGGCUUGCAGCAUCAGCGAGGCACGAUACCUCUACGACCAGUUAGCCACGUUCUGUCCCAUUGUGAUGGCCCUCAGCGCUGCCUCACCCUUUUAUCGUGGCUACGUAUCGGAUAUCGACUGUCGUUGGGGUGUGAUCUCGGCCUCUGUGGACGACAGGACUCGCGAGGAGAGGGGCCUGGAGCCACUGAAAAACAACAAAUUCAGGAUCCACAAGUCCAGAUAUGACUCAAUUGACAGCUACCUCUCUUGUUGUGGCGAGAAGUACAACGAUAUAGAGCUGACGAAAGAUGAGGAGAUCUACAAGCAGCUCCUUGAUGCAGGGAUUGACAAUUUGCUUGCCCAGCACAUUGCGCACCUGUUCAUUCGGGACCCACUGUCGCUCUUUGAGGAGAAGAUUCAUUUGGACGAUGAGAAUGAGUCUGACCACUUUGAGAAUAUACAGUCAACCAACUGGCAGACCAUGCGGUUCAAGCCACCUCCUCCGAACUCCGACAUAGGAUGGAGAGUGGAGUUCCGUCCAAUGGAGGUUCAACUAACCGAUUUCGAGAACUCUGCGUAUGUUGUGUUUAUCGUCCUCCUUACCAGAGUGAUCCUGUCCUACAAGUUGGACUUCCUUAUUCCCCUGUCAAAGGUUGAUGACAACAUGAAGGUUGCCCAGAAGCGAAAUGCUGUGCAAGAAGGAAUGUUUUAUUUCCGGAAGGACAUCUUCAAAGGCUGCAAUCUGGUCUUUGACUCGGCCUCCACAGCAGCACAAAACGGAGUGGAAUGUGAUGGAGACGGUGAAGAGUACACUCUGAUGAGCAUCGACACAAUCAUCAAUGGCAAGGAGGGAGUUUUCCAGGGUCUCAUUCCAAUCCUGAACUGCUACCUGGACAACAUAGAAGUGGACGUAGACACACGGUGCACCAUCUUGAACUACCUGAAACUCAUAAAGAGGCGAGCUUCUGGUGAGCUGAUGACCAUGGCCAAAUGGAUGAGGGAGUUCGUCGCCAAGCAUCCACACUACAAGCAAGACAGCAUCAUCACCAACAAAAUAAACUAUGACCUGCUUCGGAAGUGUGACCGCAUCGCUAAGGGUCAGGAGGGCUGCCCUGAACUGAUUGGUGACCCGGUCAACAGAGGCAAAUGAGGGAUUUGCUUGUCGUUACUCAAGUUCCUUCUAUUCCCUUUGCAUGAAAAUCGAAGACCAAAAUGUUUCAUUUAAAGAAGAGAGCGGUCCAGAAUAGAAUUAAGCGUUGGAGAGGAUAUUUAAAAAAGAAAUGAAUAGACCAGUCAGUAACAUGUGCGGAUUGCAGUUGUUCUGCCAAAUGUCUAUUGAAUUUGUAUAUAUCAGAUUUUUAUGUAAUCUGGAAAUUAUUUUAAUAUCUUGCAAGAUCAAAUAUGUAAUUGAGAUCAGACGUGUACAUAUUUCCCUCGUUUCUGGCUUCAGAUCCAGCACAGACUUGGUGUGAGAUUUAUGUAAAUGUAGCAAACACUAAAUCUGUACAUUUUAGUGAGGGUUUUUUUUUCUUUUCACCCCUUCAUUUUAUGUGCUGUAAAUACUGUUCUUUUCAUUAUAUUAACAAGUGUACUUGCUUUUCUCCAUGGACAAAAACGGCUCGUUAGCUUGACCUGCAGUGUCUUGAGUAACCUUUUAACACAUUUUACUCUGUUGAUUUUCUUGGCUUGAGUUGUGUAAAAACUGAUCAUACGCACAUGAAUUGAGGUUCUAUUCAAAUGUAAAGAAAAAGAUGUAAACUGCACUGCAAUGCUGUACAAGUCCAUGUGGAGCAUUAUGUGGUGUGUUGCAUUGUGCUUUAACACUUAGUAAUAAUUCUGGAAGUGCAUUUUCCGAGACGGUCCUCAUCGUCAUCAGCCUUUUAAACCGUUAAAAACAUCCAGUUGUUUGAUUUUUAGAUGCUCAGUUGAUUCUGUUUGGAGGCCUUACCUCCAAGAUGGGGAAGGUUAAUACUUUAGAGCAUUCAGUCAUCCAGCAGAGGGUGCAUGGCUCUCAGACACUGUCUGAGCUUUUUUUUUUUGCUGGGGAAUUAAGGUCAUUGUGUCAGGGAAAGCAUCUGCCUCUCAUUGGUGUCUGUAUAUGGCCUCAAAUAAAGCAGUUUCUGUACAUA